AUGGAUAUAUUUCUUAAAGAUAUAGAAUCCAAUAAUUUAAAAUCGUUUGAUGAUACUCAAAAAAAUGAAAUUUUAGAAAUUAUAAAAAAAACAAUUGAUAAACUUCAAAAUAAUAAUAAUAAAAUCUUGAUUAUAAAUAAUAAUAAUAAUAGUUGUAGUAAUAGUAGAAAUGAUGAUUGUUACAAUAUUACUCUAGGUAAAAAUAAAAACAAUAACAAAAAUAAUCAUAAUUUAAAUAUAAAUACUUUAAUGAAAUGUAAAUUCGAUUAUGUUAAAAAUAAAAAUUUUUUAUUUGAUAGUUUUAAAAAUUUUUUGGACAUUAGGAAUUUAUUUUUAAUUAAAUACCCAGGACUAUAUAGCUUGAUCAGAUGGACCACCGAAAUAAAAAAGAUACCAAAUGAAAGUUUUGGAAAAGAUAAUUUAAAUGAUUGGGAAAUAUUUGAUUUAAAUAGACAGGUUCAAUAUAGAAUAUUGGUUUUUAAAUUUGCAAUAUUAUUAAAAGAACAAAAUCCAAACUAUUCACUAGAAACAAUCGAAGAUAUCAAUGUGGAACCAUAUGAAAAUGAUCAAGAAAUUCAUAAAAUUCAAUUUCACAUUAUAGAACAUUUCAACUAUCAAGUUAAAAAGCUAUUUGAAAAUCAUUUUUAUAAAAAAACCAAACAACUUAAUUUUAACCCAAAUGAUAAUCUAAAACAACAAUUUAAAAAAAUAUUGACAAUAUUUCCAAAUAAUAGCUUUAUGUAUAGUAGUUUAAAACAAAUUUAUGAAAAUAGAAAUCAAGAUCCAGAACAAAUCGAUUUAAGAUAUCUUACUUUUAGACUACAUUAUGAUUAUUUUAGAUUUAAAAUUAGUAAAGAAUAUAAACAAGGUCAAUACUCAAUUGAUAAUUAUAUAUAUAUUAUUUUACCUUUCUAUAAUAAAAUAGACAUUAGUAUAGAUAAUGAUAUAAACAAUAGUAUUGAGAGCAAUACUAAUAAUAAUAAUAAACAUUACAUAGAUUUAAAAAAUAACCAACCAAAAAAAAAAACUAAAUAUCCAGAUACCUCACCUAUUCAAUCACCAAACUUAUCAAUCAGCUAUUCCUCUCCUUCAUCCUCUCCAAAUACCUCAACAAUGUCCUCUCCAAUAGCCAUUGGAUACUCAUCACCUCAAACAUCCUCUCCAAUAGUUUCUACAAAUUCCUACUCAAAAGAAUCCUUAUCAUCUUCACAAGAUUCCUUCUCGGCCCCCUCUCUAAAUGAUUUCAAAUACAUAUCAUCUCAUAUGUCCUCGCCAUCAUCCUCUACAAAUUCAUCACCUAAAAUGAUAAUUAUAACUCCAUUUUUACCUGGAUGGAUACCCUCAUAA